CUUCACUUCUUCUCCACACAAAAAUCUCUCUCUGCCCUGUAAGAAAAAAAACACACUGACACCACCAAACACUGGUUCCUUCUUCUUCUCUUCUUCUUCUUGCCUGAAAGAAGAUGGUUGAUUCGAAGAAGAGGCUUACCUCUGCCUCGAAAAACACCAGACCUUCUCUAAGCCGUUCCGCUAAGGUCUCUGUUGGUCAAGAGUAUGGAGAAGGACUUGUGGGCUCGAAGAUUAGAGUCUGGUGGCCUAUUGACCGCAAAUUCUAUCAAGGAUUGGUGGAUGCUUUUGUUCCUUCUAAGAAGAAACAUCGGAUUUUGUAUGCGGACGGAGAGGUUGAGGUUUUGGAUAUGAAUAAGGAGAGGUGGGAGUUGAUUGAUGAAGAUGAUGAUACUGAAGAUGAUGAUGAUGAGAUCUCCCUACCGGAUGUAUCUGAUGAUGAGAGUUCCGACGCUGCUCCGGAACCCAAGGCGAAAGCCAGAUCUGGUGAGCUGUCUGAUGAUAGUGAAGAAGAAGAAGAGAAGCCAAGAAGAGGUGUGAAGAAAGCUGAGAAGUCGAAACAUGUGGAGAAGAAGGCUCCAAAGGCUGAAUCUGAGAGAAAUGGCAAGAUGGGUGAUAUUGGUGGGAAGAUUGUAGCAGCAGCCUCUCGCAUGAGUGGAAGGUCUCAAAGCAAGCAGAAUGGUCGUGACAAAGAGACAGCAAAAGCUGUGAAAUCCAGCAAGGUGGUUUCUGAAACAAAGAACCCGAAACAGAAAAGGACUUCAUCUUCAUCAAGGGCUGUCAAUGCCAAAGUGAAAAAACCGAAGACUUCCUUGGAGAAGAUCAAAAGCAGCUACUCUGGUGGUGAGGAUGAUGAUACAUCUGAUGAUGAUACAUCUGAUGAAGAGGCGAAGCCCAAGGUCUUGAAACCUAGCAAGAAGGUUCCUGAAUCAAAGAACCGAAAACAGAAAAGGCCCUCAUCUUCAUCAGGAGCUGUGAAUGCCAAAGUGAAAAAGCAGAGGACUUCUUCGAAGAAGAUUAAGAGGAAUGACUCUGAUGGUGAAGAAGAGGGUGAAGAUGAAGACGAUGAGGCCAAACUCUUGGUGAAUCUGAAGCAAUCUCCAGAGGGGAAGAAGGAGAAAGAGGGAGGAGAAGACAGUUCGGGAAAUGAAACCGAAGUGGAAGAAGAGUCUUCUUAGUCACAGUCAAGCCAAAGACUAGGAUAUCCUCGCGGUGGUUCUCUAACGGCAACUACCGUAGUAGACAGCUUAUGGUUUCUUUUUAAAUUAUACAGUGAACUCCUAUUUUGGAAAAUGUAGGGUUUUUAGGCUAUGUUGCUUACAAAAUGUGUAGCCAAAUUGCAUUGGGGUUGGAAAGCUAAUUUCUUGAACUAUGAAUAUGAAUGAGUGUUAGUCUCACUCUUUGAUAUGAAA